GGGGUCUUGGGCCGCUGCAAUCUGUUGCGCCGCCGCCCGCGGAAGCGGGCAGAUCCGGGGUCUCGUGUUAAUAGUGACGUGGGGCAGUCGCACCAAAACAGAGGAGGGAAGAAAGCCCGAGGCCAGGGAGCCGCCGCCGCCGCGUUCCGGAAGCCCCAGGGGUCUUUUCUGCCGAGCCGAGCUCCCGGCCCCCAUCCUCCCCGCCCCGUCGGUUGUUUUCUGGGCGGAUUUAAACAGUCAAGUUAAAUCAAGCUGGGUAAUCAUGGCAGAAGGAGGAUUCGAUCCCUGUGAAUGUGUUUGCUCUCAUGAGCAUGCGAUGAGAAGGCUGAUCAAUCUGUUGAGGCAGUCCCAGUCCUACUGCACAGACACAGAAUGUCUCCAAGAAUUACCAGGACCCUCUGGUGAUAAUGGCAUCAGUAUUACCAUGAUCUUAAUGGCCUGGAUGGUAAUUGCAUUGAUCUUGUUUCUACUGAGACCUCCUAAUCUUCGAGGAUCCAAUCUAACUGGGAAGCCAACCAGUCCUCAUAAUGGACAAGAUCCACCAGCCCCUCCUGUGGACUAACUUUGCGACAUGGGAAGUGAAAAUAGUUAACACCUUGCACGACCAAAUGAACGAAGAUGACCAGAGUACUCUUAACCCCAUUAGAACUGUUCUUCCUUUUGCAUCUGCAGUAUGGGAUGGUAUUGUUUUCAUGAGCUUCUAGACAUUUCAUUUGCAAGCUUAUUUUUGCCUCCUGUGUUAUCACCAUUCCUAUUCACGGUGUAUUUGAGUAAAUGAUUAUAUUUUAAAAAAAUUACAUGGGCUUUUUGGUUACCCUAAACUCAAACAUUCCAUUCAUUUUGUUUGUAACUGUGAUCACAAUUUUGGUGAUGAUUUCUGGCCUGAUUGAAGGAAAUUUAAGAUCUCUGCAUUUAAAUAUUUUAAAUAGUUUUGAUAGAUUUUAAGGUUGCUUUUUUCAUAGGCUAUUUAUAAAGUUAUUUGGGGUUGUCUGAGGUUUUAUGAAAGAAAAUUAAAACCACACUAUAUUUCUACUUACCUUGGUAGUUUAUUUGUGUGUGGGUAGCAGUUCUUGGGACUGUGGCAGCCUUUGGAAUAUUUUACAAGUUACAGCUGAAAUCUGCAUCAUCCAUUACAACUGGCUUAUGUGACUAGAAAAGGAGGAGAGAAUAAAUUAUAUAACUGUUUACUAAGGUUUUCAUUCCCAUAAAAAUGUCUAAUAUUACGAAAACUUUAAAUAAACGUGAUUUAAAUAUGGUGGAUGAUUUUCAGUCCAUUAUAUGACAUAUGAAGCCACUGUAUAUUAACUAGCCUUACAAGGUUCAUGAAAGGAGGAAAAUAGUUAAUUCUUUUUGCCUUUGCCAGGUAUAAUCUAUUCAGUAAUAAUUUAAUCUGUAAUUUAUUUCUUAAAUGAGUGCCUCUCAGAAAGCUUCCUUUUUGUUCAGACACUUCCCUGUUAAAUGAAACUCUUAAAGCUAACUGUAUGGGGAGCCUGUUUGCUUACUGACAUUUGAAUACUAUUUGCUUAUUUACUCUAUUUUCCUUUGAAGAAAAAUAAAUUUUGAGUAUUUUGUGGUCCUUCUGACUUUUAAAAAUAUUUAUUAAAUUCUUGGUUUACUCCAAGGGAAAAGGAGAAAAAUGAGGAACAAUCAAGGAUUUUUUUCUUACCCUGUAUCUCAUUCUUAUUUUGGUAAUGGAAUGAUUGGGGUGGGGAAAUAUAGGCAAAAUUUUGAACUGUAUGAAAAGUAAAAGGUUGCAUUGUUUUGGUUAGUUUGAAAGAAAAUGAAUACAACUGGCAUUUUAAAAAGGCAUCACCUAUGUGGUUAUGGAAUUUUUUUCUAGCAAGUGAUUACAGAGGAUUUAUGGGGGCUAGAAGAAAUUUUGCUAUCAAUGUAAGGAGUUCCCCCCUAGACUUGUCUAGCUUUUCACUGUAUUGAUCUGAGAAAUUGUAUGAAUUGAAUAAACUUCUCAAAAUCAUUGUACUGUUUAAGAGUCUCUGAUAUAGUUGUGUGACACUCCUAGGGUAUUUCCCCCCCCUUUAUUAUGAUUAUAUUCUGGGCCAUAAACAUUGUAAGGGCUUCAUUUCAUUAUAUAAUCCAAUAUUGACUGCUUGCAUUCCUCCUGUGCAUCUUGGCUUUGUGCUCAACUUCUUGAAGUAGUAUAACCUAUUCUUAAUUACUUGUCUAAUCAAGGGUAUUGUAACACAGGUAAGUCAAAUCCUGGAUAAAUAAAUACCACAGACUUACGGUUUUUCCUCUUGCUGUGGCGUACUGGAAGCCUUCCCAGCUCUAUAGCUACCAUCGUAUUUAAAGCAGAACAGGCAGGAAUGGUGUAAGAUGGAGCUAAAUGCCUAUAAGCAUUCCUAUUUCUGCCCUUGCCCCCCUGAACUUUGAAGGCUUACACCUACAUCCUAAGUCUGUUCUCUAAACUGCUAGAAAUCCUGGCACGGAUCCUGAUGUAUUCACUGAAUCAACGGCUCACAAAUAAUUGAGAAUUGGCUUUGGUAGAAGAUGUGGCUGUGACAUGGAAACAAUGUCUAGUGUUAGUUAGAGACCUGGAAAUCUGGAUUCUUAUUCCUAGUUCUUCAUUUCUGUCACAUCCACUUAAUUGACAGAACAUCUAGAAUAUUAACCUUUCCCUAUAUGGAUCAUCUAAUUAGUAACAAAAGUUUUUAAUGGAGUAUUUAGUCUUGGGUUUUUUGCUUGUAAAAUAUCUGCAGUUCUAAAAAAACAUAGUGUGCUACUACAUAUAAAGUAUUCCCAUUAACCUAAGUAGUAAUUUAUAUUCUUUUUAAUUCUUAAAGCUUCCACAUGUGGCCUUUUUAUUAAGCACACUCUUAUUCAUUACUUGGCUUGUAAACAUUCACCUGAAUUAUGGCUACAAGCAUUUUUAAAUCUGGAAAAAAGAAAAAUAAAUCUUCACAUUUUAAUUACUGCAGGCUCUUAAAACAUUCCACAAAUGCCAUUCAGAAUUUAUUUUUAGAGCCAUUUAAUGUCCUUUUAUGCAAAAUAAUGUUUUGUUUGUUUUUUGCUUUCCAUUUGGAAAAAAAGUUAAUAUUGGAACUAUGUUUAGUAAAAGAUUUUAUCAUGUAGAUAUCCAAGCACUGUCCCCUGGUCAGCAAGUCAUAUUUUAAACAACUUGUAGAGAUUUUCCGAAGUAACUAUGAAGUUCAGCUAUUCCAUAGUUACCUUUAGUGUCUUUGUGUGGUAUGUAAUAUGAUAGUGUUUAUGGAAUAACCAAAUUCUUACAUUUUCAAAGGAACAUUGGAAAUUUUUCACUCGGAAUGAAAGUCUGUCACUCUAAAUGAAUAUGUGCUAAACUUUGACCAGCUCAGCUUAAGACAUAAAAUAGCAACUUGAAGGAGAAAUGGGAGUUUACAGUUAAUGAGUUAAAUUUUUGUUGUUGAAUUAGUAGGUUUAGUUUUAACAUUAUAAUAUUUCUAAAUGAAAAGUCAUGUAUUUGUUACCAUGUCUGAUGAUUACUUUGUUAAAAGGAAAGUGGCCAUAUGCUAUGCUAAAUGUUAAUUGCUGUUUUUAAAUGUUUAAUCAUGCCAAACAAAUCAUGUCUGUGCCAUCCAGAGUUUAUUGUAAUCUCUUACUGAGUACUUGGAUUGGGAUAAAGGGCUUGUACUAUGCACUUUUUAUUAAUGAAUAAAUAGAAAAUGUUAGUAACACUCA